AUGCCCUUGCAAACGUCAAAAUUGGUUGUUGUAAAACAUUAAAAUGUAAAAAGUAAAGGUCUGGCAGCGCUGCGUGUCGACUGACCAAAUGGGUUAGUGUGGGUAAGUUUAACAAUAACAGCACCUGCAACGGCAACGGAAGCAAUACAAGCCCAUGGCCAUUGUCGAACCGUCUAAAAAUAAUUGCAUUAAUCUUAUUUCGGUAAUUUAAUAAGAACACACUGUGAGAGCAGCGUAAAAUGACUGCGUCGACAUCAGUGAUAGCCGACCUGUGCAUAUAUCUAUUAACCUGGAAUGUUGGUACGCACUCGCCCAGGGACCUGCCGCUGGAAUCGCUCCUGGCGCUGAAUGGCACCACCAACUGUCCGGACAAUCAGCUACCCGACAUAUAUGUGAUUGGCAUGCAGGAGGUGAGCACAAAGCAGGUGCUCAACAUAUUUCAGGACGAUCCCUGGAUACUAAAAUUUGCCAGCGCGCUAAGCGCACACCAGUAUGUGAGGGUGCAGUCGAAGCAGCUGCAGGGCAUACUCAUUACAAUGUUUGCACAGCACAAGCACAUACCGCACAUGAAGGACAUCGAGACGGAGGAGACGCGGACUGGCCUGGGUGGCCUAUGGGGAAAUAAGGGAGCCGUCAGCAUACGACUCAGUCUAUACGGCACUGGCGCAGUUUUUGUUUGCUCCCACUUGGCGGCACACGAUAAUAAACUAAAUGAGCGCAUCGAAGAUUAUCACCAAAUAGUAGACAAUCACAAGUACCAUGUGAGCGGCUAUCAACGCAUCUUUGAUCAUGAUUUUGUAUUCUGGCUUGGCGAUUUGAACUUCCGAUUGGCAGGAGAUAUGUCCGCCUGGGAUGUACGCACUGCCGUGGAACAUGGACGCUACGAUGAGCUGCUGAAGUUAGACCAGCUGGUGUUGAUGCGCGAGACGGGCAAUGCUUUCAGUUUGUUGGAGGAGCAACUGCCCACAUUUGCGCCCACCUUCAAGUUCAUCGAGGGCAGCAACGAGUACGACAUCAAGCGGCGCCCGGCUUGGUGUGACCGUAUACUGCAUCGCGUGCAGGCAACUAGUUAUCCAGCCAUUACGCUAAGUGCCCAACAAUUGUCUUAUCAGUCCAACAUGGAAUAUACGCUCUCUGACCACAAGCCCGUUUCGGCGACCUUUAGCUAUAAAAUCGAGGCAAACAAUUUGACCUACACCGACGAGGAGCUGCACGAGAUGACGCAUGGUGCGGCCAGCACAGUAUCAAAUGUUAGUGUGCUUGGUUUUAUCACUAUUAUAGUUUUUUUUAAUGCUGUGUUUCAAUUUUGAUUUGCCUCUUUUCGCUUCUUUUGUAGCCAUUUAAUGCCGAACUAGAAAGUUUCCAGUGAUAAAUGAAACCAAGUGUUCCCGUCAAAAGCAAGCAAACAAUCUCAUUUUAUACAUAUCUGACUCAGACUUCAAAUUGAAAACUUAUGUAAGCAAAUACUCGAAAUAUAACACAGGAAUAUGAGUACAAUUUAA